UUCCCCCUCCCUCCCAGGUGCCCUUCCUCUCCUAGCGCUCUCUCUCGCUCUCGGGGCUCCCGCGGCCAUGGUGGACCCCGUGGGCUUCGCCGAGGCGUGGCGGGCUCAGUUCCCGACCUCGGAACCUCCCCACAUGGAGCUGGGCUCGGUGAGCGCCAUCGAGCAGGAACUGCAGCGCUGCCAGGCAUCCAUCCGGAGGCUGGAGCUGGAGGUGAACCAGGAACGAUUCCGCAUGAUCUACCUGCAAACGCUGCUGGCCAAAGAGAGGAAGAGCUACGACCGCCGGCGCUGGGGCUGCCCGGGGCCCGAGCCCCCCGACGGCGGCCAGGACCAAGGCCAGGGCGACGGCGACGGCGGCCAGGGCCGAGGGCAGGGCGAGCCCCCGGCCGACAAGGGAGGCCGGGAGAAGCUCCCGCGGGCUCCGCAGGACUCGGAGGGCUCGCCCCACUGCCCGCGGGCCCCUCCCCGCAGCAGCAGCGGCGGCGGCGGCGGCGGCGGCCGGGUCCAGCCGCCCAGCGUGGCCGCUCUCAGGUCCACCUUCGAGAGGGCGCGCUCCGGCCCUGGGACCUGCGGGCUAGAGAAGCCCUUCUACGUGAACGUGGAGUACCACCACGAGCGGGGGCUGGUGAAGGUCAAUGACAAAGACGUCUCGGACCGGAUCAGCUGUUUGGGCAGCCAGGCCAUGCAGCAGGAACGCCAGAAGACUUCGCUGCCGGCCGCCCAGCCACCUGCCGCGGCCCCCGCAGGGACCGCCGCCGGGCCGGCCGCCCGGGCGGGCUGCUGCGAGCCUGGAGGGGAGUAUGAGGACGCCGAGCUGAACCCCCGGUUCCUGAGGGAUAACCUGAUCAGCGCCCGGCUGCCCGGCGACUACCAGCCCUACCAGAGCAUCUACGUCGGGGGCCUGAUGGGGGACGAGGGCCGGGGGCCGGCAGCCUGGCGCGAGCAGGAUAAGCCCCUCACCUGGCCUCGCAGGUCCUACUCUCCCCGGAGCUUCGAGGACAUCGGGGGCGGAUACACCCCCGACUGCAGCUCCAACGAGAACCUCACCUCCAGCGAGGAGGACUUCUCCUCCGGGCCGAGCCCCACGGCCGGGGGCCGCCUGGAGCGCGACAAGAGCCGUUCCCCUUCCCAGAACUCUCAGCAGUCUCUGGACAGCAGCAGCCCCCCAACCCCCCAGGCCCAGAAGCGGCCGAGGCCGGGCCAGGUCGUCGUGGCGGAAGCCACCAUCGUGGGGGUCCGCAGGACCGGCCAGAUCUGGCCCGGUGACGACCAGGCCAGAGGAGCCCAGGAUGGAGCUUUCCGUGGAGACCCAGACACGGCAUUGGGCACCCCGCCAGGCUAUGCCUGUGACGCGGACCACGCAGAGGAGCAGAGGCGCCAGCAGGAGCGGAUGCCCUACAUCGACGACUCCCCUUCCUCCUCCCCCCGUCUCAGCGGCCAGAGCAGGGCCUGCCGGGAGGUCCUAACCUCGGGAACGAGUGAGCUGGACUCGGAGAAGGGCCUGGAGAUGAGAAGAUGGGUCCUGUCUGCCAUCCUGGACAGCGAAAAAACCUACUUGGGACACCUGGAGGCGCUGCUGCUGCCCAUGAAGCCGCUCAAGGCCGCAGCCACCACGUCUCAGCCGGUGCUGACGGGGCAGCAGAUUGAAACCAUUUUCUUCAAGGUCCCCGAGCUCUACGACAUCCACAAGGAAUUCUACGACGGGUUGGGGCCCCGCGUGGAGUGCUGGAGCCAGCAGCAGCGGGUUGGCGACCUCUUCCAGAAGCUGGCCAGCCAGCUCGGGGUGUACCGCGCCUUCGUGGACAACUAUGAGGCCGCCAUAGAGAUGGCGGACAAGUGCUGCCAGGCCAACGCCCAGUUUGCCGAAAUCUCUGAGAAUCUACGAGCCAGAAGCAUGAAGGAUUCCAAAGAUCAGACAACUAAAAACUCUUUGGAAACUCUGCUCUACAAGCCCGUGGACCGAGUGACCCGCAGUACCCUGGUCCUCCAUGACUUGCUGAAGCACACCCCUCCCAGCCACCCCGACCACCCCCUGCUGCAGGAUGCCCUGAGGAUCUCCCAGAACUUCCUGUCCAGCAUCAACGAGGAGAUCACGCCCCGGAGGCAGUCCAUGACGGUCAAAAAGGGCGAGCACCGGCAACUCCUGAAGGACAGCUUCAUGGUGGAGCUGGUGGAGGGGGCACGCAAGCUGAGGCACGUCUUCCUCUUCACCGACCUCUUCCUGUGCGCCAAGCUCAAGAAGCAGGUGGCUGGGAAAAACCAGCAGUAUGACUGCAAAUGGUACAUCCCCCUCACGGACCUCAGCUUCCAGACCCUGGAUGAGGCCGAGGCAGUGCCCACCAUCCCCCUGGUGCCAGACGAGGAGCUGGAUGCCAUGAAGAUGAAGAUCUCCCAGAUCAAGAGUGACAUUCAGCGAGAAAAGAGGGCACACAAAGGCAGCAGGGCCAUCGAGAGGCUCAGGAAGAAACUCUCGGAACAGGAGUCUCUGCUCCUGCUGAUGUCCCCGAGCAUGGCGUUCAGGGUCCACAACCGCCACGGCAAGAGCUACACGUUCCUCAUCUCCUCUGACUAUGAGCGCGCAGAAUGGAGGGAGAACGUCCGUGAGCAGCAGAAGAAAUGUAAGUGGCCUGGCUGUGCCCCGACCCCAGGGCCUCGAAUUCGCCUCCUACCGUGGAGUAGCCGCCAGCCUCCCUUCCCAAAAGGCCCAAUCAAGUCCUCACGGCUGGGCCCUACCCCGCCAUGGGUCAUUUUUCAGCACCUUGGGCUUCCUGGCCCCCCCAAUCCCAAACCCCUUCAGGGGGUGUCGGGUGGAGCCCUCCGGGGCUCCUGGAUGGCUCACCUAAGAAGUGGGCGUCCGUCUCUGAAGCCUCCUGCUCCACCUUGGCACUGCUUCACCUGCUGGCAAGCUUGUGCUAACAUCCAGCCUGACUCUGCCCCUGCCACUAUCACUGCGUCCCUCACUCUGAGCCCCUUCUCUUGCCCAGACGAUGAAUCCGCCGGACUAUAUGGAUUCCUGAACGUCAUUGUCCAUUCGGCCACAGGAUUCAAACAGAGCUCAAAUCUCUACUGCACAUUGGAAGUGGAUUCCUUUGGGUACUUUGUGAACAAAGCCAAGACUCGGGUCUAUAGAGACACAACUGAGCCCAACUGGAAUGAGGAGUUUGAGAUCGAGUUAGAGGGCUCCCAGAGCCUCCGGAUUCUGUGCUACGAGAAAUGUCACAACAAGGCCAAGCUCAGCAAGGAUGACGGCGAGCCCAGUGACCGGAUGAUGGGCAAAGGCCAGCUGCAGCUGGACCCCCAGGCCCUCCAGGAUAAAGAUUGGCAGCGUGCCGUCAUCGCCAUGAACGGCAUCGAGGUGAAGCUGUCCGUGAAGUUCACCAGCCGGGAAUUCAGCUUGAAAAGGAUGCCUUCCCGCAAGCAGACCGGCGUCUUUGGGGUCAAGAUUGGCGUCGUCACCAAGAGGGAGAGGUCCAAGGUGCCUUACAUCGUGCGCCAGUGCGUGGAGGAGAUCGAGCGCCGGGGAAUGGAGGAAGUGGGCAUCUACCGCGUGUCAGGCGUGGCCACCGACAUCCAGGCCUUGAAGGCCGCCUUCGACGUCAACAAUAAAGACGUAUCUGUGAUGAUGAGUGAGAUGGACGUCAACGCGAUUGCGGGGACACUCAAGUUGUACUUCCGAGAACUGCCCGAGCCCCUCUUCACAGACGAGCUCUACCCCAGCUUUGCAGAGGGCAUCGCACUUUCGGACCCUGUGGCAAAAGAGAGCUGUAUGUUGAACCUGCUGCUGUCCCUUCCUGAGCCCAGCCUCCUCACCUUCCUCUUCCUUCUGGACCAUUUGAAAAGGGUGGCAGAGAAGGAGACGGUCAACAAGAUGUCCCUCCACAACCUGGCCACGGUCUUCGGCCCCACCCUGCUGAGGCCUUCGGAGAAGGAAAGCAAAGUGCCCCCGACCCCGAGCCAGCCCAUCACCAUGGCCGACAGCUGGUCCCUAGAAGUCAUGGCCCAGGUCCAGGUGCUGCUCUAUUUUCUGCAGCUGGAGACGCUGCCAGCUCCGGACACCAAGAGACAGAGCAUCCUUUUUUCCACCGAAGUCUGAUUGCCGGACUGCGCGGCAGGAGACUGGGAGAGUGGGCCAGAGGCCACGGGGGCCCCGAGCAGAGAAGAGGGAGCCCCUUAGACCCCAGGAGCCGAGGCAGCUGAGGCCCCGGGCCGGCGCCUCGGAUGCCCCAAGGCCUCCCCUGGGCCGAAGCUCUGGCCGCCCUCCUCUUGGCCCUCGGGAAGGGUUUGAGCACGGAGCUCAAGGACAACACCAAGGGUCGUCAGGGAGGCAGGAGGAACGGGCGGGGAGCCCUCCACCACUGCCCUGGCCCAGGAGGACUCCUGACCCUGAGACCACUCCCCAGACCCCCCCAUGCUCCUCCCUCUCCCACCUCCUCUUUGGGCCGGCCAGGGCCUGGUGGAGGACCAGGCAGCUGAGGGUCCUGCCAACACCCCCCCCCCCCCGCUCCUACUGUGGCCCCCCCGUCACGUGCGCAUCUCCUGGCCUUCUCUGCCACGACCAGGCUUCUCCCUCCUUAGUUGCUGCUGCUAGCACCGCCACCAUGGUCAGUGCGCCCGCUUGCUGGUUGACUCGUGUUCUCACCUUGUGUCUAAAGAGAGUCCGAUACUUGAAUCUCCAGCCCAGGGAGCAGGCCUGAAGGCAGCCUCUGGCCACCCCCUCCCUGGGCACUGUGGCUCCUGGCGGCACCCCGCCCUCACUCACCCUCACCUCCACACUGGCCCUCGCCUGCCGUCCACUCAUGUGCGGUCCAGGCCUUCAUCGUCAUCCCCAUCUCCUCUGGCGGCUUGUAGAAACUGGGCAGCGACCCGCCCGUGCCCAUUCUUACCCUACUUUGUUCUUAUUUAUAUAGGACGUGGAAUGUUGAAUAUUAAACCACAGAUUUUAUUGUG